CAACCAUAAUCAACCGCUACAGAAAGAGAAACUUAGAGAGAGAAACAAAGCUAGAGAGAGAAAGACUUUAGAGAGAGAAAUCUAGAGAGAGAAACUGAGAGAGAGAGAGUGAGAAGGACGUACCUUCCGACAUUUUUCUUUAUUCUUUAAGCAAAAGCUUGAAUUGAACAACCUCAAUCUUCUUCUUCUUCUUCUACUACUACUACUUCAUCUCGAUCUUCAUUCUCCUGCUAGGGUUUCAUUUGUUUUUACUUUCUGCUAUUUAUGUUCUCAAUGUUCUGUUGAUUUGACCUCUCUACUAAUCAAUCAAUCCUUCUCCAGCUUUGAAUUAGUUUUCGAAGGAAGGAUCGACAAUGGUGGAUUCUGAACCAAUUACGCCUGGGCAGGUGUCAUUUUUGCUGGGAAUCAUCCCGAUAUUUGUUGGAUGGAUAUAUGCAGAGUACUUGGAAUAUAAGAAAUCUUCAUCUCCUUACAAAGUUCAUUCAGAUACUAAUCUAGUUGAACUAGGAGGGGAGGCCAUCAAAGAAGAUGAUCGUGCCGUUUUGUUAGAAGGAGGUCUUGCAAGAUCAGCAUCUUCAAAGUUUUAUAGUUCAUCCAUCAAAGCAAAUUUAAUUAGGUUUUUGACUUUGGAGGACUCUUUCUUACUAGAGAAUAGAGCAACACUUAGAGCAAUGUCUGAGUUUGGAGCAAUUCUACUCUAUUUCUACAUAUCUGACCGCACAAGUUUAUUGGGCGAGUCUACAAAGAAUUACAACCGCGACCUUUUUAUCUUCCUCUACCUUCUUCUCAUCAUAGUUUCAGCAAUGACUUCUUUGAAGAAACAUGUUGAUAGAUCGGCAUUCUCUGGUAAAUCCAUACUGUACCUUAACCGUCAUCAAACUGAGGAAUGGAAGGGGUGGAUGCAGGUCCUGUUUUUGAUGUAUCAUUACUUCGCUGCAACUGAAAUAUAUAACGCGAUUCGUGUCUUUAUUGCCGCAUAUGUCUGGAUGACUGGUUUUGGCAACUUUUCCUACUAUUACAUCAGAAAAGAUUUUAGUCUUGCACGGUUCACACAGAUGAUGUGGAGACUAAACUUUUUUGUGGCAUUUUGCUGUAUUGUUCUCAACAAUGAUUACAUGCUGUACUAUAUAUGUCCAAUGCACACAUUAUUUACUCUAAUGGUGUAUGGAGCCCUUGGAAUUUUUCACAAGUAUAAUGAAAUAAGAUCAGUGAUCAUUGCAAAGAUUCUCGUUUGCUUUCUCGUGGUUAUCUUGGUAUGGGAAAUUCCUGGGGUCUUCGAGAUUCUCUGGAGUCCACUUGCAUUCCUUCUAGGUUAUACUGAUCCUGCAAAGCCAGAUCUCUCUCGGUUGCAUGAAUGGCAUUUCAGAUCUGGACUUGAUCGUUAUAUAUGGAUUAUCGGAAUGAUAUAUGCAUAUUGUCAUCCCAAUGUUGAGAAAUGGAUGGAAAAAUUGGAGGAAUCAGAAACCAAGAAGAGAGUUUCAAUCAAAGGAGCCAUAGUUGCUGUUUCUGUAUUUGUUGGUUAUUUAUGGUUCGAGUACAUUUACAAGCUAGACAAAGUUUCGUAUAACAAGCUCCACCCCUACACCUCAUGGAUCCCUAUAACGGUUUAUAUAUGUUUGCGGAACUUCACCCAGCAGUUCCGAAAUUUCUCCAUGACUCUCUUUGCAUGGCUAGGCAAGGUUACUCUCGAAACCUACAUUUCUCAGUUCCACAUAUGGUUGAGAUCAAACAUCCCCAAUGGACAGCCUAAGUGGCUUCUCUGCUUGAUCCCGGAAUACCCUAUGCUCAACUUCAUGCUCGUAACUGCCAUUUAUAUUUUGGUAUCACACCGGCUUUUUGAGUUGACCAAUACACUUAAAACCGUCUUCAUACCGACAAAAGACAAUCAAAAGCUAUUGCAUAAUUGUAUAGCCGGAUUCGUAGUUUUCCUCGCUAUUUACUGUUUCUCAGUCAUUCUUCUUCUGAUCCCUCAUUAACUGGGCUUGACAAUUCAAGACCCCUAAGGAGAAUUAAAUUAGGUUUUUCUGUUGGAUUUGCAAAUAUAUAUAUAUAUAUAUAUACAGAAUAAGAGGAUAAAAAUCGAAAUUCUUGGAUAAUGUUCGCUUUCAAGUCUACCUUCAUGAAGCUAGUAAAAUUCCAACAGUUUUCAAGGAUAAAGCGCCCCCACACAACACCAGGGCGAAAAAAGCCGAGGAAGACAAAGACAAUAGAUCGGGGAAGGAAUUCGAUAUAUUUUUUUUUUUCGUUUUGGAUGGUAAUAUUGCGCAUUGCAAGUUAUCCCUUUCUUUAUUUUAUCUUCUUUUAGCCAUUUUGAUUCAAUCAUCAAAGAAAAAUGUAGUAGUUAACUGUGACAUAGAUUUUGUCUACCGUGAUCAAUCUUCGAUAUCGGUAACUAUUCUGUAAUCUGUUUUUCCCACGAAAUCGAUUCGAAAAGUGAAGCAUAAACAAAAACCCUUGUAUAUUCAUUUGAAAAUUUUCAUUCAUGUCAUUAUUAAUCUUUCAAAAAAAAAUAAGUGUUGGGACAA